AUGACAAAGCCAUAUUCGGCCCCGCUAGCGUACGGCGAUGGCUCUUACAAGAUCUUUGGCAUGGAGAACUUCGGCAAUACCUGCUAUUGUAAUUCCAUCCUCCAAUGCUUGUACUACACCACCAGCUUCCGCAACGAGCUUUUAAAGUAUAAAAGCGCUCCUCAUGACCGCCGUACUACCAUCACCGGCUCGAGUUACCACACUUUCACUGCCAAAUACGAGCAAUUGGUGGCCAAGCGCCUACGGGAGCAAGGAAAGACCCCAGUACCCGCUGCCGACUCCAAUGGACUGGGGAUACCUACCAAGCCGUCAAUUCGAAACUCCUUGUUCGGGAAGUUCUCGUCAUCGUCCACUCCACAAGUUAGUGCAGAUGGUCCUACGGAUUCUCCCUACAAGAAGCUUGGCUACAUCCAACUGGCAGAGCUGUGUAUGGCGCUUCUGACUGAGCAACGACUCAUCAUCAAAAAGAAUCCGGAGUUUCACAACUUGCAGAUGCUUGUGACCAGACCGACGACAGCAACAACAGAAAACAGAAAUGAUAACUCCCAGAGCUCUGCGGCUCUUCUCGACUCCGGAAACAACAACAAUGGAUCGGUUCAAAAUGCUGAGGCUGACACAGAAUCAUCUCAAUCGAGUUUUGUAGUUGUGGGAAUCCCCAGUCCCGAAAAGAACUUGGUCAAUCCAAUAAACCCGUUCAAUGCCAAUCCCUCCGCAGAUCAGCGCAAGCGACUGGCCCUUAUCAAUGGUCCAAUUCUUAACUUGGACCACUCGUUGCAGAUCCAAACCGAAAAAUCGAGCGACACUGUACUCCUCUACGCAUUGAAAGACAUUUUCGAGGCUAUGGUGGAGAACCAGUCCCAGAUCGGGGUGGUCUCCCCAGUAUACUUCGUGAACAAGUUGAAAGAGAAAAACUUUUUGUUCAGACAAGUCAACAUGCACCAAGAUGCUCAUGAAUUUUGCAACUACUUGAUCAAUGAGACAAUUGAGAGUUUGAACCAUGAGGUCGGUGCUCAGAACAACUGGUGCACAGACAUUUUCCAGGGAACCAUCACCAACGAAACGAAGUGCUUGUCUUGCGAAACCAUCACUUCCAAAGAUGAAUCAUUCUUGGACUUAUCCAUUGAUAUUCCCCCGAGUGCUUACUCUUUAGUGUAUUCGCUUAACAACUUUUCAAAGCUGGAGACGUUAAAUCACCAGAACAAGUUCUACUGUAACACAUGUCUGUCUUUACAGGAAGCCGUCAAGACCAUCAAAUUAAAGAAGACUCCAGAAGUGUUAGUGAUAAAUUUCAAGCGUUUCAAAUACGACGAAAAGUUGGACCGUAUGGUCAAACUCUUUGACUCUAUUCUGUACCCCUUGAAGUUGCGUUUAUUUAACACCACGACCCCAGACAAUGAUAAGAAAGCUCACCCUGGUUCUUCUGACGACUUCACACUCUACGGAUUGUAUGCUUUGGUUGUCCACAUUGGUGGAGGUCCAAUGCAUGGACAUUACGUUGCCCUUUGCAAGUGCAAAGCUGGCCUUUGGUUCUUCUUUGAUGACGAGACUGUUGAACUUGUAGAUGAACUGUUCGUGCUCCGAUUUUUUGGAAAUGGUCCCGGUCUCGCCAGUGCUUACAUCUUGUUUUACGAGAAACUUGAUACUAAAUUGGAUGACGAUGGCUUGGACUUGGGGAUCGACUUACAUGGUAUUUAUAAUGGAAGCGAUUACUCAGUGGCAAUGCAAAAACCUUCGACCUCCAGCAUUCCGUUGAAGACUAGCGUUCCGUUAAAGACUGGCGUCGAGGAAUCUGACUCCAACAUUUCGGAAGACGAAGAUGUAAUUCAGGAAUACCGUGAGCCGCUGUUGGAAACUAGCACAGGAAGUGUGGGACGGAGAACUUCGAUCUUCAAGAAAACUUUUAUGUUUGAUAGCACUGCUCGAGACGGGAACGAAGAGCCUAUCACAAAAUCCGUCUCGAGAUCCUCGUCGACAAAAGACACGGAGGGCCCACUUGCUCCUAAACUGGCUACUACUAUGUUUGAAAAGAAAUCCUGGGUGAAUGGAUUAAAGAGAAGAGAACUGAGGAAUGAAAUCGCGCCUGCCGAUCGAAAGGCCUCAAUGGGGAGUAUCAAGACUACAAGCAGCAGCAUUAAGUCAGAAAAAGAGCCGGAGAAAGAAAGACGCAGGAGCAGCAUCUUCUCUUUCAAGAGAAAAUCUAAAAACUAG